AUGUCUUUCAUCAAACGUUUGUCCCUGCAGAAGCUCCGCAAAAACAGCUCGUCACCUACGAAAAACGUCCAACAGCCGCAGGCACAGCACGUUGAACAGCAAGAGCAACUACCGGAAGACGACAUUGUCAUCGGCAGCGGCAUCAACGGCACGAGUACCACAGACAUGGAGCCUCUACCGACACCAGAGGAGCAGACAGUGCUCUUGCUGCACGCGGCAAAGCAACCAUACCAGCUCACAGAGGACUAUCCCGUCCCACAAUUAGAGGGGGAGCACGAUGUUCUUGUGAGGACACAGGCCAUUGGGCUUAAUCCCAUUGAUUGGAAGGCACCUGACUUCAACUUCGCCAUCCCUGAACUACCAUACAUCUCUGGUCGUGAGUUGGCAGGUGAAGUUGUUCAGACUUCGAGGAAAGAGUCGAGGUUUAAGCCACGGGAUAGGGUCCUUGCCAUCUCCACCGACUACCGUGACCUCCGCAAAGCCGCCUACCAACAAUACGUCAUCUCCUUCGACUACAACACCGUCCGCAUCCCACCCUCCCUCUCCCCUGAAGAGGGUUCCACUCUCGGCGUUGCCUUCGUCGCUGCCGCCCUUUCCCUCGGCGUGUGCAUGGGCGUUGACUUCUCCUCCAUCCUCUCCGGCCCUGAUCUCUUCUCACUUCUCCGCUCAUCCGUACCUCAGGAGUCCCUAGCAGAGGACAUCCGCUCCGAAUGCCUGGACGGGAUUCGUUCUCAUGAGAGGGCCAAAGCAGGGGAUUGGGUUGCGGUAUGGGGUGGAAGUUCAACAAGUGCCAACCUGACGAUUCAGUUGGCGAAGCUCGCGGGAUUGAAGGUCGUGACGACAGUGGAUAAGGCGAAGCAUGGCCUUAGGCUAUCGAACCAUGAAGUACUGAAGGCUGACUUGCUGGUGGACAGCCACGACCCUGAAAGGGCGGUGCAGAUCAUCCGCCAGAACCUCAAGGGCAAACUCCGCUUUGGCGUGGACACCCGCGGUCGGGAAUCUGCUACUUCGCUGCUUCACGCCCUUUCCCCCGAUAACAUCGACUCUCCUCCUCUACCAGCCGGCGAGGCGCCACCCUCCCCGCCGGGUACACCCAAGGAAGAGACCCUCCUGGGAGCGCACUUGAUUGGUCUUACUGGUCUGCCGAAGCAGCAAGCACCUGAGGGAACCAUGUUCCAUACGGUGCCGAUCAAGCUGUUUCAUGAAGUUCCCGAAGUUGGUGGGGCGUUGUGUCAGUGGUUGGAGAGGCUGUUGGCAGAGGGGUUGGUGAAGGCACCAGAGAUUAUUGACGUUGAGCAAGGGUUGGAGAGUAUCAACAAAGGACUGGAUAGGAUGAGGAGGGGAGAGAUUAGUGGUGGUAAAUUGGUAGUUAGGGUUGCUGAAUAG